GUUUUAGCUUAUUAUUGAUAUGCAUAAUCAGAAGAUUGCAACAAAUAAUGAUGAAUCUAAUUGUGAAGAGAGACAAUUAGUAGAUCAGUCUAAGAAUAUUGAAUAAUAAUAAGAAAUUCCUCGAAUCAGUGAUUCUAUAUUGGAUGCUAUAAACUUGAAUGAAUAUGAUUAUUACAAUUAUCCACCAAAAUUGGAAUAAGCAGAAAUACAUAGGUAAGCUUAUUAUCUUUGUCCUGAUAAAUAUGUACUUGAUCAUUAUACAAAAGAGUGUUGUGAAUGCUGCAAGUAAUAUAUAGUUUAUUAUAAAUAAGUAAAAAAUUCCAUCGAUCCCCUUUUAAUUGGUUAUUUGGAGAUUUAUAUGAAGCAACUGUAGAUGAAUAUGGUUUAGCAGCUCCUCUCUAUUUUACAAUAAUCAAAUUUUAAUUAGUUGUAUUUAUAAUAGUUUUUUGCAUCUAUGGAAUAUUUUUUAUCAAAGAAAUUCAUCGAAUUUGUAAUUCUACUCCUUUAUUAAAUUGUGAUACUGAUAACAACGAUUUGUGUAGAACUUGUGAAUUUUAAUAUUCAUAUGGCUUUAUUGAUAUUGUAACAGUUUAGGAAUAUUUGCAUAACGAAAAAGGUUCAAAUUAUUAAUGGUUUUAAGUAUCUGCCUUUUUAAUAUUUUUAAUCAAUCUACAUUUGCCAUUCUUUUAUGAUUUACUCAUUACAUAUAUGUAAGUAUCCUAAAUAUAAUAAGAUAAUUUUAAUAUUGGAACAGGGAUCCUUACAAUAAAUAAAAUGAAACAAAGACUUCAAUUUAUAUUAGAAGAAUUAAUUCUAAAUUAACUUAAUAAGAGAUUAUUAAUCUCAUAAAGGAGAGUAUGUAAAGAAAUAAUAAUUUAAUUAUUUCAUCUUAGGAUAAGUAUUAAUUAAUUUGAUUAUUUAAAGAUUAUUGGAUAAUGCAUAAAUAGAAGAGAUUGUAUAUAUUUACAAUACUCAUGAAAUCAAAGAGUUAUAAUAAAAAAGAUAGAAUAUCUUAUUAGAUUUAGUUAUUACAGCAUAAUAAAUCAAAGAGUUAGAGAUGCAAAAAGAAAUAAUUACUUAUAAAGAUGAUUAAGUCAAACUUUACAAAAAUUAUACUAAAGAAUAAUUAUCUUAAAGAUUAAGUGAUUUAAUGAAGUCAUUAUCAGAAGUUAAUGAUGAUAUUCAUAAAUAAAUCAUAGGAUUAUAAAUCAAUAAUAUCCCUAUGAAUAAUUAAGAUAUUUGUAAACUCAAAUUAGAACCAUUAGAAUUUAGUAAUAAGGUUAUUAUCAGAUUCAAUGAUCCAAAUAUAAGUUACUUAAUUUUAAAGAAUUUUCACAUUCCUUGGUAUAAUAAAUUAAGGAUUAAAUUUAAUAUGAUUCCAAAUCCUAAAAUAGUUGAUAAAUUAGUAGCCAAAAAAUCUUUUAGAAUUAAUGGUAUGCUAUGGGAAAACAUUGGUUUUAGAUCUUAAGAAAGAAUAGCUGCUAAAGUAAAAAGUGCUAUCACGAUGUUAAUUGCAUGUGCUGCAUUAAUGACUGCUUAUGAAUUUAUAUAUCUAUACAAGAAUGAUCCAGAAUAUAAGAUUGAAAAGAAUGAUGGAAGAUUAUCUAUUGCUUAAAGAGUAUUAACAAAUAUUUUUACAGUGGCAGUUCCAAUAAUUACAACAGUUGCUAUUUUAGUGGUAAUUAUAAAUUAGAAAGAAUCAAGGAAGAAUACAUUUGCUCAUUUAGAAAGAAGCUUCAUGCAUGUUUUAAUAGUAGUUAAUUAUUUUCUUGUAACAUUUUUGCCUUACAUUUUUACAUUUGAACUUUGGAGUGGUAAAACUAUUUCAGCAGCUGUUUAUGAUUUAGUUACACUAACUUAAAAUAAGAUUAUAACUAAACAUAUAUUUCAUACAGUUCAUAUUCGUUAUAUGGGAUUUGUUUUUUUAAGAAGAAGAAUUUAAAAAAAUUACAAGUAGUUUUUUUAAGGAUAAUUAAAUAAUUUAAUGACGCCUCCAACCUUUCCUUAAAGAAGUAGAGUUUGUAAUGCAAUGUACAGUUUGACUGUUGGUUUAUGUUUAGUUUAUGUAUGUCCAGUUAUAACUAUCAUAACUUUUAUAUUUAACUGUUACAUUUACCUAUUUGAUCGAUAUAGUAUAAGUCAUCUCUAUUCAAUUGAUAAAAAGUUCACUAUUUCACUUAUGCGACAUUAGCUAAAAAUAUAUUCUCUUUCAUUCUUUCCUAUUAAAAUCUAUCUAUUUAUUAAAUUGUUCUGGAAUUAUGGAUGGUUAAUAUAUGCAGGAGUGCCUACUUGUUGUGCUUUUACUUUUAUCUCGAUUUUGUAUCGGGAAAGAAUAGUUUAAUUCUUAUUGACUAAGGUUUUCAGAGUAUCCAGAAAAGAGGAUUCCAAACAUAUACCAGAAACCUAUGCAUCAAAUUAUUACUAAUAUUUAAAAAGUAAUCUUAUAAUCUUUUAUAUUUAGAAUUCAAUAUUGAUGAAUAAAAUGAAAUUACCAGAAAAAUACUUCUUUCUCAAGGUUGUGAGAUUGUUUGA